AUGGGCCAAAAAAUACAUCCGCUUGUUUUCCGACUUGGUGCAACUCAAAGUCAUUAUUCUAUUUGGUUUGCAAAACCAACAAUGUAUUCCGAGAAUGUAAAAGAAGAUAAAAUUAUACGAUAUUGUAUCAAUAAUUUUAUACAAAAAACGGUACCCGAAUCCUGUGAAUUCGAGACCGAUAUCUCUAGCUAUGGAAUGGGACGAAUAAAGAUUCAAAAAAGAAUCGAUCUGAUUAAAGUGAUAAUCUAUAUGGGACUUCCAGACUCCUUAAAAGAAAAGGUUAAGGAUCUAAGAGUCGAACAAUUAAAGACUCAAGUGCAAAAAAAAGUAACUUGUGGGAACCGAGAACUCGACCUUGAAAUUACAAAACUUCCAAGUCCUUAUCUUUAUAGAGACGCUAAAAUUGUUGCAGAAUUUUUAAGCGAACUAUUACGGAAUCGAAUUUCGUUUCGUAAAGCAAUGCAAAAAGGUAUUGAAUUAGCUGAACAGGCAGAUACAAAAGGAGUUCAAAUAAAAAUUGCGGGACGUAUGGAAGGAAAAGAAGUUGCACGUGUCGAAUGGAUGAGAGAAGGUAGGGUUCCUCUACAAACCAUUCGAGCUCCAAUGGAUUUUUGUUCCGUUCCACCUGUAACUUUGUUUGGGGUAUUCGGAGUCAAAAUCUGGAUAUUUCAAAACUUCUAA